AUGGAAAGAAUUUACACACCUUCUACUUUUCAAAGGUCGGAUGCCAGUCCUAGGGUACCAGAAUCUGCAUUUCCACCACUUCGAACAGAUCACAGAUAUAGAGGUGUCUAUGAGAGAGCUGGCUUCGAUGUUAACUUAAAGGGCUUGGAUCAAGCUCAAGCAACAACCGGACCUCAGAUUAGGCGAUUUCAAGGUGACAAUUACCCCACGCCACCCAAGUCUUCUUCAUCAAAUUCAUCUGCUUCUUCCCACUCGCUGAACGGAAGUCGUAGCAUAAGAGCAAAUGAUCCAUACUCUCGCCCAAGGCAGACAUCAAAAUCAACAAACGAGUUUUCUAAAUUUGGUAGCCUGCAAUCUCUAUUAAAUGGGGCUAACAAUGAGCUUAUUUCUAAAGAUAAUGGAACUCGUCGUGGAUUUUCAUCUGGCUCUGAUAGUGCCAAACUGUCGGCUUCAGAUAUUCAAUCUGAUAUAGAUCAUACUGACAGACUUUUCUCUGGUUCUUCUGGAAAUUACAUUAGUAGUGGAGAAGGAAGUAGGGCCAUAUCUCCAGAUUCUCUCAACUUCAGUCAAAAAGCUACCGCUCAGCAGCUCAAUUCUUUUUCGCCAUACAAUGAUCAUAAGAACUAUGAGAAUGUUGAAUGGGCUGCAGGGAAGAAGAACCCCAAAAAUUUGCAAUUGAAUAUGCAAAAAGUGCAGUACAACCAGUUUAAAAGCGGCUCAAGACAACAGGACAAUAAUCCACCAACAAUACAUUCGGCUCCUCUCGAUUCUUAUAAUAGCCAUCAACGUGGGCAAAAAUGGCCCAAGAGUGCCACAAGUGACAAGCAAGGAUUCAAUAGAGGGUUACCUAUGGCGCAAUCAGAGCAAAACAUUUCAUCUCGUAAUAUCGAAAACCUGAAUUCAAUACCGUUUGACCCUCGAGUGCAAAAAUCUAAGACCGAAAAAUUUCCUCAAAGACAAAAUCAGAGACUAUCGUCUGCUCUCUUUGACUUUAAGAAAGAUAUCGAAGAUCAUAAGAAUUACAUUCCAAAGUCUCCAGCUUCUAAUGGCGCAUUCUCUCCGCCAUUGCCUAAUAUGUCACCUUCGGAACUAGGAUUGGGAAAGCCUCAGUUUGACAGUUUUGCCCUGCAAAAUGACUAUGGGCAUAUAGAUUCAAGCGAACUUAUAGAUGGAAAUUCUCACUUAAGAGUCAAAGCUUUUGAUCGUCUGAGUCAAUUUUCAACGGUAAGUUCUAUCAUCUCAAAGGAACUAAAAAGGUAUAGCGAUGAUGAGGAAGCAGAUGAGAUCGAAGAGGAUCUUCAGCGACAGCUUGAUAACAUAAAAGGAACGACAAACAUAUCCCCAACUAAAGCUACCAAAGAACUUCCGUUUCCUUCAUCCCCAAAAAUUUUGGACAGUCCAAUUCCUACAUUUAACAUUGAAGAUACAACCGAAGAGCAGACUUCCAAACCCCAAUUACCAUAUCCUACAUCACCUGACAAAGUUACGGAUUAUAUGUUUGAUCUGAAUUCCCCAGAACCAUCAAAGUCGGCUCAGGGUGCUAAGUAUUUCAAUAAUCAUGAAGAAAACGCUCUGGAAUUAGAGCAGGAGAGAUCCAAACUACAAACUACACCGUCGAUGUCCAAGAUUUCCGAUUCACCAAAGUUUGUCGAUGAAAGUAUUCAGCCUUUAAGUCCAAAGAAACAUGAAGUGGAAGAAGAGCUUAAGGGCCUUAAUAUUAGAAUGCAUAAAGCUGAUGAAGGUGGUGAGGAUGGUCAAUUUAUUGAAAAAGGUAUGGCUGCCUCGAUUAAUGAACCUUUUAUCUAUCCACCUGGACAGGGCCCUUGUAGAAAGUGUCAUGAAGAAGUUUCAGCUUUGGCAAAGGGCUCAGAGAAGUCAAUAUACUCAAAAACAUCUAAUCUUAAUGGUCAAUGGCAUAGGAAAUGUUUCUCCUGCUCUUUUGAAAACUGUGGAAUAAUAUUCAGCAAGAAAGUACAUUGUUACGUUAUUGAAGAUAGGCCUUAUUGCCACCAACAUUAUCACUCGCUAAAUAAUACCCUUUGUUCGAAAUGUCACCAAGGAAUUGAAGGCGAGUGCAUCGAAAAUGAGUUGGAGCAGAAAUGGCAUUUACAUUGUUUAGCUUGUUCUCGAUGUCACAAUAAAAUCAACGAGGACUAUUUCCUUAUUAAUGAAACCAUCUUUUGUGAAGCUGACGCACAACGAAUUAUCAACGGCGAGCAAGUUUAUAAAGCUGCUGAUGGAAACUUGAGAACUGGUGGACUACUGUCACAGGACAAAGUUGAAAAGCGAAGGACAAAAAUAAUGUAUGUUGAUUAA